UUUGAAAUCAUCACCAAACUGAAAGAAUCGUUGAGGUAAAAAUGAACUCCAAACUUGCUCUCGUUUUGAUCGUCGCCAUCGUUGGCAUUGCCGAGUGCAAACCAAAUGCUGACUUGAGGGCAAGAAUGAUUGCAAAGGCUCAGGCCGCAAAGAGAGGUGCAGAUGAGUGGCCCUAUGGCUGGUUUGAAUAUGCUUCACUCGUAGGAAAAUGCGUUGGUGCACUGAACUGGCUCGAAUUCCUUGAAAUGGACCCACCAAAGGAAGGUAUGCUAGCUGAGGCCUGUCCAAAAGCUAUUGAACUCGCCGAGAGUAUGAAGGAUUCCAGUGAUGACGAUGAACAGAAACUUAACCAAUUGAUGAAAGACAUGUUUCCACUUCUCCAGUGUGUCAACCUUCAAGCCGAGAGAGAAGAAGUAUUCGUUGCCGUAUCAUUGAACGACAAGAACGCCGAGGAGGACGUGUUUUUGAAAGAAUCUCAACAACUUGCUGAUGUCUGUGAGAAAGUGUAUGAAUCCGCCAAAAAGGAGGAAGAAACAUUCAAAGACAAUUUGAAAAAGAUGUCCUCAGAAAAACGUGAAAACGCUAUGGAUAUGCUCAGAAGGUUCCUUUCCACGAAAAAAGCUUAAAGGCUUAAAACAUACACAUGGAUAAGAUCUCCUUCCGAGCACACCGACCACGGCUAACGGUUGAUUAGAUUGACGGCAUUUUUUUAUAAUUUUAUAAAUAUUCAAAAAAUAAAAAUAUAAGUUUUAUUAUA